CGCCGCCGCCGGCGCCCUCAAGAUGCUGCCCGCCGACCACCGCGGCAAAUCCAAAAAGACAGUGGACAAGAACAGCAACGAGUACCGCGUGCGCCGCGAGCGCAACAACAUCGCGGUGCGCAAGAGCCGCGACAAGGCCAAGAUGCGCAACCUGGAGACGCAGCACAAGGUCUUGGAACUGACGGCCGAGAACGAGCGGCUGCAGAAGAAGGUGGAGCAGCUCUCCCGGGAGCUGAGCACCCUCAGGAACUUGUUCAAACAGCUGCCCGAGCCGCUGCUCGCCACCUCGCCGCGCUGCUGACCCCCGCGCGGGGCGGGCGCCGCCUCCAUC